AUGACUGGACAGUCAAAGCAUGCAAGAGCAGUUCUACAUAUUUUGGAUGAUUUUUUGUUCGUUGACAGGGACUUUUAUUACUGUAAAAAGGAUCUUGAUGAUUUUUUUAGUCUAGGUAAUGAAUUGGGAGUCACAUUAGCCAAGGAGAAAACAGAGGAAUCUGCUACUGUUUUGUGCUUUGUGGGUAUUGAAUUAAACACUGUUUUGAUGCAAGCUAGUCUCCAACUUGAAAAAAAAAUGCAACGUUGCGUAUUUCAAGUUCAGCAGUUUCUUGGAUGCAAAAAGGCAACCCUCAAAGAAAUCCAGUCCCUGGUUGAGACGCUUAAUUUUGCUUGUACGGUUGUCACCCUGGGCAGAGCCUUUUUAAGGUGCCUGAUUGACUUGACUUUGGGUUUAACUCAGCCUCAUCAUCAUCGUCGUAUCAAUCACUGUACUAAAUUAGAACUACUUCUUUGGCACGAUUUCCUGCUGCACUUCAAUGGAAAAGCUUUCUUCAUCAUAAGUCAGUUAUCUGAAGACCUGGCAUCCCAGCUGAUCACCGAUGCAGCGGUAUCUACUGAUUUUGGGGCAUUAUUUGGCUCGCAUUGGUUUUAUGGAAGUUGA